AGGACACCCAGUACUUGUAAGUCCCACUGGAUAAGAACAUAAGCUAAGAGCCAUAUUUAAAGGGAUGAGGAGAGAUUGAUAGGCUACAGUUUGGUUUACCUCUGCUGUGCAUGAACAGGUUCGACCAAACCACUGGUGUAUGGUGUGGAGAAAGUCACAGCUCUCUAACACCAUACCUGAAAUGGACAAGUGGAGCAGCCGAGCCAAUAAAAUGUACAAGAGGUGGAGAAAUCCUGAAGAGAGGGGUGAUGCAAAUGUUUUGUGUCCCAGUGAUGAAGACCAGGACACAGACACUGAGAUCUGCACUACAGCUUCUGCAAGAUUCAACUCAGGGCGAAGAGAGUCUGCAUCCAGAUCUGGAUUUCAUCUAACUGAAGAAACCUUUACAGUAGACGAGGCACUGGAGGCCAUCGGUUUUGGAAAGUUCCAGUGGAAAAUCACUUUUCUCGCCGGACUGGCGUGGGUAGCAUACUCCAUGGAGAUGAUGAUCCCCAGUAUCUUGGGCCCCCAGCUGCACUGUGAGUGGAGGCUACCCAGCUAUAAGGUGGCGCUCACAACAUCGGUGUUGUUUCUUGGGUUGGGGAUCGGUUCAGCUCCUUGGGGGAAGGUCUCAGACAAGUACGGCAGAAAAGUAGGUCUGACGAUUUGUAUGACCUGGGCUCUGUUCUACGGCCUGUUGCGUGCCAUAGCUCCAGUGUAUGGCUGGCUCACGGCCAUUUGGGGCUUUGCAGGCUUUGGCAUUGGAGGAGCUCCUCAGACGGUGACACUGUACACAGAAUUCCUCACAGGGAAGUCGAGAGGCACCUGCCUCGUGAUGUUCCAGGCAUUCUGGGCAAUUGGUUGUGUGCUCGAGGUCCUCCUGGCAUUAUGGAUAAUGCCCACUCUUGGCUGGAGGUGGCUGCUCAGCCUGUCCACUGUACCAAUGGCAGUCUUUGUUUGCUUCUGCCUUUGGCUGCCUGAAAGUCCUCAUUUUGACAUGCUGACGGGAAGAACAGAGAAAGCCAUGGCACUGUUAACGCGCAUCGCCAAAGAGAAUGGCAAGGCCAUGCCUCAAGGGAAAAUGAUUACAUAUUUACAGAAUGACCGUGGACGGGUCAAAGAUCUCUUCACUCCUCAGUAUUGGAGGACUACACUUCUUCUGUUGUAUAUAUGGUUUGCAAAUGCCUUCUGCUACUACGGGAUAGGCCUGUUGACAACUGAGCUGUUUCAAACUGGACAUUCAUGUGAACCAACCACAGGGGCCAAGAAUGAACUGAGCUGUAGUCUGGAAUGCAAAUAUUUGACAUCAGCUGACUACACAGACCUUUUAUGGACGUCUAUGGCUGAAUUCCCAGGUAUUUUAGUUAUACUUAUCGCAAUUGACCGAAUUGGCAGGAAAAAGACCCUUGCUCUGUGUUUCGUCACAUUUUCUUUGUGCUUUCUACCCUUAUUUGCGUGUAUUGGGAGGACAACUCUUACAAUCUUCAUCUUUAUAGCCAGAGCCUUCAGCACUGGAGCAAACCAAUCUGCUUUUAUUUACACAACAGAGGUGUUCCCUACAGAAAACAGAGCCUUAGCACUGGGGAUUUGCAGUGGGUUGAACUCCAUGGGUGCCCUGAUUACCCCCUUUGUGGCACAGGUGUUGCUCGGAAUAUCACGGUACUUGACCCUGUCCAUGUACUGUGGCUGUGGUCUGCUGGCUGGUGUUGCAUGCUUGAACCUGCCCAUUGAGACGUUGGGCAGGGGUCUACAGAAUACCAGUCUUUACAAGGAGGCCGGAGAGAAGACCAUCACCACACCCAGCCAGCCAAAUGGCACAACAGACUCCUCCGACCAACAAAGGGGAACAAAAAAAAAUUAAAAAUUAGAAACUCUCAGGCUGUUGUAGAAGCCAAAGUUGCCUGUUUAACUAUGAACUGAAUCCUCUGAGCAAUGAUGGGAGAAGAACAACAGGGGAGAAUCUCAUUAGAGGCAGGGAGUGUUAAUUGAGGGUAGGCCUACUUCCCAUGUCUAAUGAGACCGGAAACACACUUGUGCUUGGACUGGUUUGUUACACUCUUCCAGGCUGUGAGAAGCAACAGAGGGACACUAUGGAAAAUGAGGAUGCACUGUACAGACUCAGAUCAAAGCUACACAUUUCAAGCCGCGCAACUGAGACAUUUAUUGUAUACAUUUUGGAUUAAAUGAAUUGUUUAUAUAUGAAGCCACAUUUUACUAUUAAAGUUGUUCAAUCUGU